AUGGUUCUCCAUUUCUCACGAUUGUCACACCACAGAGUUUAUGUCCUACACUGGUAUCGAUAUACGCUCCGAAACAUAUCCCGGAAUAUAUGCUCCGAACAUCUACAAUUGAGAGCCAGAACCACAGUAAAGACAACUUUGACGAAGCACAGACACGACAAAUCCAGCUGGAGUAUCUACAAACUUCUGCGAGAUUUGAAAGCCUUAAAUAAGCUUCUCUUGAAAUCAAAAACCGAGAAAAUAUGGGAUCUUUUGACGAUCUAUUCACGAAAAACAUCAGGUAAUGGAAAGAAGCAGCCGCUUCCUCUAAGCGCAGCACCAGAGGCCGCACAACAAAAUCCUGAAGAUGUGCGAAAUGCCAAGAUAUUGCACGACUAUGUUACUGAGAAGCAGCGACAUUUUCUUCUGCCUAUGUACAUCGCUAAAGAGUUCAAGUCAAAUCUUGUGCUUCCUUUAGCUUUGCAUGAACGAUACCUCCAGAAAUUGCAUCGGAUAGAAUACAAACUAGCCUCUGGUCCCCCAAAAGUAUCUAUUAACUAUACUUCUGCCGGCAAGGCUCGGAUCUGGUUCAUUAGAUCUGCAAUCAACAAGGGAAAGCGGCAGUCGAAAGAACUUGGUCGCAUCAUUCGUCUGGAGAAACGGAAGGGUCAGAAAAACCUUGAUUACUGGAACGCUUGUCAUGCGAACAGUAGGUGGGUAUGGCAUGAAGCUGUUUGGGAGCACUUGUUAGAAAAUGGCUCUAUAUUAAAAGGAAGCCCCGAAAAACACCUUGAUAACGUCUCCAAAGCUGCGAGCAGAACCAAACAUGCAACGAUCAACGCUAGUGAAAAAGCAGUGCGUGAGUGGCUUGAUCCAAUUAAAGAAUCCCUAGAUCAUCUAAGCAUCGAGAGUGACCGGCGAACCAAAUAUUUCGAUGAAUAUAAGCGGGAAAGAGUCUUUCGAAAUGAAUACCAAUUCUUCGCUCAAAAGACUGAAAUAAUGUAUCAAAAUCGUAAACGGCGCUUCACGAAGAUGCUAGUAAACGACUUGCCCUUUGUCACCCCGUUUUUUGAGAAGCAGAAUCUACCCUCGAUUUUGAGGGCUCAUAAAUUUGUAUCUGUUAAUGAGUAA